GCGGCCGGAGGGACCCCCGCCAGCUUUUUUUUUUCCUUCUUCUUCCUUCUCCGUCGCUUCGCUCCCGCCGUUUCUUCCUCCUCUUCGUCCCUCCCCUCCCCUUCUCCCCGCCGCCGCCAUCUUCCUCUCUUCGGCGCCUCGCCUCAGCCGUCGUCAGGUUUCAUCUCUCGUGAAGAUGUCUAAUGGUUAUGAGGAUCACAUGGCCGACGACUGCAGGGACGAUAUUGGAAGGACAAAUUUAAUCGUGAACUACCUUCCUCAGAACAUGACCCAGGACGAGUUGCGGAGCCUCUUUAGCAGCAUAGGGGAGGUCGAAUCCGCCAAGCUUAUUCGUGACAAAGUGGCAGGACACAGCUUGGGUUAUGGUUUUGUGAAUUACGUGACCGCGAAAGACGCUGAAAGAGCGAUAAACACGUUGAAUGGCCUGAGACUCCAGUCUAAAACCAUCAAGGUGUCGUACGCUCGGCCAAGCUCUGAGGUGAUUAAAGAUGCAAAUUUAUACAUAAGUGGGCUGCCACGGACAAUGACUCAGAAGGACGUCGAAGACAUGUUUUCACGGUUCGGACGCAUUAUCAACUCGCGCGUGCUGGUUGAUCAGACUACAGGCUUGUCCCGUGGGGUUGCUUUCAUCCGGUUUGACAAGAGAUCGGAAGCUGAAGAAGCCAUUUCAAACUUCAAUGGCCACAAGCCGCCGGGCUCCUCCGAACCCAUCACGGUGAAGUUCGCCGCCAACCCAAACCAGAACAAAAACGUGGCCCUCCUGUCACAGCUCUACCACUCCCCAGCUAGACGGUUUGGGGGGCCUGUCCAUCACCAAGCCCAAAGAUUCAGGUUCUCUCCCAUGGGUGUAGAUCACAUGAGUGGGCUUUCUGGUGUAAAUGUCCCAGGAAACUCCUCUUCGGGCUGGUGUAUCUUCAUCUACAACCUCGGCCAAGAUGCCGAUGAGGGAAUCCUCUGGCAGAUGUUUGGCCCCUUUGGCGCGGUGACUAAUGUGAAAGUCAUCCGUGACUUCAACACCAACAAGUGUAAAGGCUUUGGCUUUGUGACAAUGACAAACUAUGAAGACGCCGCCAUGGCCAUAGCGAGUCUUAACGGCUACCGGCUGGGGGACAAAAUCUUGCAGGUUUCCUUCAAAACCAACAAGUCCCACAAAUAACUUCGCUCUCGUGGCUUUUUUUUUUCUUUUUUCUUUUUUUUUUUGUAUGGAAUAGAUAAUCGAGUGACGAAAAAAGUUUGAGCCUUUUUUUUUUUUUUUUUGGUUAGUGUACAACUCAUUUCCUUUUUUUUUUUUUGCGCCAAUUUUCAGAAAGUUGUUUGUCUUUAGUUUAAACGGAAAGUUGGGGGGGAAAAAAGAGAGUGGGUUUUAUACUCUGGGAUGCCACCAACAUGUUCAAAUGUUUUGGGUUUUUAAAAGUCCCAUAAUGGUUCUAUUCUUGGUGGGGUUUUUUUAAAGUUCCUUUCGAAGUAGUCCUGUUCGCAAACUCCCCUUUGAACCCCCCCCCCCAAAAUCUCAAUGGAUAAAACCAUUUGCACCCGGUGCCAGUGAACCAUCUGCUUCCUUAAGAGACUGCUGUUCAUUUCACUGAAUAGAGAGUUCGCUAAGGCAGGGCAUCAGCCAAAAAUCCUGUUAACCCCAGUACUUUUGAGCAAUGCUCUUAGUUAAUAGCAACAUCUCCUUGUGUCAAGAAAUUUGCUAGUGAAAAAUUAACUUAUGGCUGAAAAAUGACUUAAGGGAAGUCUGGAGAAUAUGAAAUACUACCCCUGGGUAACAACUUUGACCGCUGUAGGCAAAACCCAAACUGAAAAAAACAACACCUUUUUAUGUGUGUGUGUCCCCCCCCGCCCAAUUAAAAGCCCAAAUUCCACAAAAAGGACCAAAGAGUUUUGAGAAACUCUGGGGUGAUUUCAGAGUAAAAGAAAGGGAAAAAAAAGAAACUCCAGUUUCCAAUAUUGCCACCUUCUCCGAAUUCUUAGUUCCAAUUAGCAUAUUUUUGUGCAUUUGCUUUCUGGUAAAACAAAUGUGGCAAGAUUUAACAUUAAUCUCCUCUCACAUAUUUUAGUUGGAAUAACCGAGUUCUUAGAGUUCGCUUGUGAAGAUCUUACAAACAUUUGAGCAUCAUAAUUUUUUGCAUCCCUUCUAAUAAUUACUAGGAUUUUUUUUUCAUAUUUUAAUAGUUGAAUUUGUUUUGACAAAUAGCUUUACAUAUUUGAAACGCUCAGCAGAAAGGUACAUUCAAACUUGCAAGUUUAAGAUGACAAUUUUUUUUUUUUUGGUAGACUUAAAUGUUUUAAUUAAUCCCCAACGUUUUCUUCAGGCUGCCUUGAAACUUUUGAGUUCUGUUUUCUGUUAAUUUUCUUUUGCUUUUUUGUGUUUUUGUUUGUUUUUACUUUUGCAUUUAAGACCAAUUAAAUUUGAUUUGGUUUUGCUGAAAUUUUGUUUUGGUUUGUUGUUUUAAUUUUUCUCCCCCCUCACCAUGUUUCACAGUACCCAACCUGAACGAUGACUUUUCCGAAUAAGAAUCAUUUGGAGAUUUUAAAAUCAACCGAUUGGUAGGUGAUCAGAAAUUAACACAUUUGCAAUCAUUUUCAACCAACAUGAUGAGAGUUACUAAGUGGCCCAGACAAAAUUUACAGCUUAAACUGGAUAUUCCAUAAUAUACACGGUUGGCUAGAUCCGUAAGAUUUAUAAACCAAACCUUUGGGCGAAGAGAAACCUUAUCCUAAUUCUAAAAACCCACUUUAAACCUGUUGCAACCUUUGCGGAUCUCUCCUGCUUACGUCGGCUGAGAGGCAGGGCCGAUCCCGUUUUGGAUCUGCGAUAUUGUGAUCUCUUUCUGUUGAUGGAAGUUACUUUCUGGCCACCUUAUCUUUCAACCGGUUCUCAAAAUCUAGAACUUGGGACACUUACUGAGACUUAAGAGAAGUCUGUCGAAAUCUCCCCAGCAGCUGAAAUAACACGUGACACACCGUCCUUGCAGGUAAAAGACCCAUCGGUGAAAACUGCGACAGUGGGUGGCUUGCCUUGCAAUCCCUCUCACAGCACGGCUGUGCGUGUCUGAGCGACACACAACCUUCCCUCUUCUUUGUGUGACUGGAGGAAAUGUGCCCCCUCCCCGUGCAAAGGCACCGGGCCGUGGUGACCGCCCCCCCCCCCUGAUCUCGAGUCUCUUGGGCGUAGAAACGCCAUUCCGGAAAUCUCUGCUUUGCUUUCAUGAUUUCAGUUGCACCUUUAUUUUUAAGAAUUAAACCAUCAGGGUGGAUGGAUCCCUUUUACAAGCAGGGUUCUUGGCCCCAAGAUUAUAUAUGUAGACCUAGUUGUUAUUAUUUUUUUUUAAAAAAAUAAAUAGAUGGUCUUUUUUUUUUUUUUUUUUUGAAGUCACUGCUGCCCUAGCUGCCAUCACGUUUUGUGUUGUCAAGUGAUUUGUGACAAUAGUUCAGAAAACCUUGUUUAGAGAUGCUGCCUUUUGCUUUGUGGUUCUUCUAAAAUCUUAAUUCCUGGAAAGCCUCGAGGUGUGUGUGUGUGUAUGUGUUUUGGCGUGUGAUUUUAGUUUGGAACGAUCACGUUUACACCAGAGCGUGGCAGGUUUACUUUCCUUGUCAUUUGCAAUGUUGAUUCACCUUGCUCCUUGAGCCAAGCCAGUCUUUUCCGUGGCAAGGAGAACUGUUCGUCUUUCUAACUCUUUUCGGUUGAAUUAACGUCAUGUAAACCUUGACAUUCCAGUUGGAACUAACCUGGUACUACCAUGUUUUAAAAUCUCUUUCCAGUCAUUGGGAAUUACGGGCCAGCUGCCAUUUUGAAAAGAUCGGUUGCUUCGAACUGCUGUGCAAAUUUAUUUAUUUCAGAAGAAAUAACCUGGGGAUUCCGGGCUCCUGAAAUAAAUUUCCCCUUAUUAUAUUCAUCUCUGCGAUCUUUUUCUAUUGGAUGAUUCUUUGACAUAGUGUGAGGUCUCAUCUUUUUUUUUUUUUGGCAGUUUCAUAGAACGUUCCUCCGAUUAUUUUUUUAAUGACCGAAAGGAGUCUUGGUUACAGAUAUGUCGAUGAAGAGUAUAAAGCAUUUGAAACCUUGUUCAGAAAGCAUUUCUUUUACAGCGCCCGUUCACUCCUUUUAUAGUUCUUCAUUCUCAUUUUAAAGGCAGCUUCCACCACGUGGCCUGUAACACCUUCCAGAUGUGAUACACCAUUGUAGUUCCCAACUGAGGAACUAAUUGAGGGCACAUUACAGAUGUUCAUAGGCUUCUGUUACCUCUGUGAAUGCCAGUUGUGGGAAUAACCUGCCCUCUGUGCUGGAACGGUGGGUGUAGGUACUUCUUUUUCCUGUCAUGGCUAUUUUCUCCGCUCCUUGGUCAGCUGUCCAGUCAAGCUCACCUCAGCUAAUCUGUCAGAUUGGUUUCUCCAGUUUUCAUAAGAAGAAACUAAGAUUUCUUCGGGCCAAUACAACCAGUAGCAUUGGUGUCUGUUCUACGGGUUUUUACUAUUUCUCCAGCUCUUCUCGCUUGGAUUCACCAGUCUUGCAUUUUCUCUCAGUCUUGCGCUCCGAUUUAGCUCCGGGAGAGGUAGAGGUGGAUUCCUGCUAAGAUGGGACAAGAACUUAUUAAAACAUUUUUACAGGUGAUUUAAAAGGACUCUUGUUUUCAUCACUGAGAGUCAAAGCACGAGAUCCUUGACCACUCUGGGACCAACCAUUCUCUCUUGCUGCAUUCCUUUUAAAAUUCCAGUUUUAGUGGAUCAUGAUUAAAAAAAAAAGCCUUUGGAAGGAAUUAAGUCAGUUUCUUAAAAAGACCAUCUAAGGGGCUUUUGGUAAUGGGUUUGAUAGUUCUCUUUCUCUUGACGUUUCUCUGGCUUCUGAGCGAAAUAAGGGAUUUUCUAAUAAGAUGGCUUUUGUCGCCUACUCUCAAAAGUUGUUUUCAAUAAGGAGUUUGGAUCUUUCACCAAUCUGGGAAAAGGCAAAACAGGAAUAUGCAUAAAGUAUGUAUAAUAUGAAAAUGGGGUUUGGUUUUUUUAGGUUAGUUCGAGGUGACGGUAAGGGAAGGAAGUAAUCCUUCUUGCUGGUAUUGGACAGUUUAUGGUACCCUACUAAGACAUAUUCUAGGCUAAAGGCAAUACACGGAAAAUUUACCAUAUUCCAGAGAAUUGCCAAAGUCUGCUAGGGUAGUGAACAACUCUGCUUCAUCCAUAUACCUUCUUUACGGUUGUGUGCCAAAAAAUUCAACAAAGUUGGCAGGAAAAGGCUAUUCACGUGACAAACUUUUUUUUUUAUACUUUUAAGUUAGCAGUGCAAGCCCUUUUAUAUGGAUUAGGCUGGAUGUCUUUUUUUUUCUCUGUUCUUUAAGCUUUACCUACAAAUGUAUAUCUUCUUGAUAGGAUACAAGUAGGCUUCAAUUUUUGUUUUGUUUUUUUAAAAAUUCUGAUUAGAUUUUUAUUUCACUUUUGUGGAGAGGGAGAAAUGAUUGCCUAUUUACAUUGCGGAAAUAAUUUUGCAAUUUGUCAGAAUCCAAAAUUACUUGGGUUAUUAUUAUUAUUUUAAAUAAUAAUCUAGGAUUGUUCCCCUUCACCCAAAUGCUUAAUGCAGGGGUCUUCAAACUUGGCAGCUUUAAGAUUUGUGGACUUCAACUCCUAUGCUGGCUGGAGAAUUCUGGGAGUUAAAGUCCACAAGUCUUAAAGCUGCUAAGUUUGAAGACCUCUGGUUUAAUGGAUUUAAAUCUAUUACUCAUCUCAAUGAGUAAAUGUGGCAGUUCUUAUACUGACCUAUCCACUGCUUGGUGAGGAUAAAUGCCUCCCUUUUCACUAGAAGUAAAUUUGCUGAGAAUUAUGCAUUCUGAUAUUAAAUGUGGGCCGUUUUGUUUUCCAGUGUAUUAAACACAAUUUAGGGAGAAAGGAUUGGCAGCAAAUUUCAUGCUUGCUAUAAUUCAGGAUGUGUCCUUGCUUAAACAGCCCUCUCUCUCUCUCUCUCAUAAGCUAGCCCAUCAGUUCUCCAAAGAGGAAGUUCCUUUGCAUAAUUUUUUUUUUUAAAUGAACAAAUGCACCUUAUUUUUGUUUUCAAGAGAGGAGAGUUAUACAUCCUCCCCCCCAAAUUAAAUAAUUUUUCUACAAAACAUUUAGUUCUUGGCUGUGUUUCUGUGAUGACAGCUGUCUGAAACAAACUCUACUUAACUUGAGAAUCCCCUUGAAGGAACAAAAAAAAUUUCAAGAGAAUGCGCUUGUGGCAAAGUUAGGGUGUCACAAAAAUUCAGUUCUUAAAAAAAUUACAUUUGGUAAAAUAGAAGUGUGGAGCUUUCUUCUCCCUUGCAUUUGAAAGUUCAUGAGUUUUCUGAUCUGUAUUCUAUUUCCUUUAUAUAUAUAUAAAUAUAUAUAUAUAGUUAAGAGGGUGUUUGUUGUAAUGUGCAGGUUAUAACAAUCAGUGGCUAUUUUAGUUCAAUUCCAAUUUUUUUAAAUUUAAAAUCAGAUAACGUUAUACUGUUUGGCUGGUUAUUUGUAGCAUUCUUGUCUAACGGAGUUAUCCAGGUUGAGAAUAAGUUAGUUAUGUUAUUUUCCCAGUGCAUGGUUUAAAAAUAAACAGGCAACACAGUUCAGUGGGGACACCCAGCAUCACAUAGUGUUGAAUCUGCUCGGUUCCCUUCCCCCCCUCCCUUUCCCCUCCCCUUCCCACAGUCUGCUUCCCAAGGCAGAUUUGCUGGCAUUUUUAUGGGGGGUGGGUGGGUUUUCUUGGGAGGGCAAGAUGGGAUUUUUUUUUAAAAAAAAAUUAUGUAGUAUGAACUGAAAUUUCUCUUAUUUUUGUCAGACGGUAGCAAAACCCUCAUGACAGUAUAACUGCCCACCACGUCUCUCUUUGCUUAAUUGUAUCCUGAGUCCUGCAAACAAGUUAAAACUCUGCACAGUUUUGCUCUUUUUUUAAAAAAAAAAUUUCAAUCACUUCACAACAAAGGGACCCUCUUUUUCACGAGACCAUUUCAGAAGAAUUGAAGGGAAACAUUGAGGCACAUUUUCUUUGCUCCACACUUCUGGCAGGACCGGUGCCGUCUCACCAAGUGGGAGUUUGUCCGUAGCUUCAGUAGGAUACAAAUAACGCCCCCCCCCACCUCUUUAGUCUUGCUUGGCUACCCUUUUAACUGGUGUUUAACUUUUUUUUUUCCUCCCCUUUUUUUCUUUUUGUUUUUAUAAAGCCGUCCGUCUGUGCAACGGAAGGCUUUUAUCGGUUUCCCCGUACUGUACAGUAUAUAUGCUUAAGACAAACUUUUUUUGUAUAUUUAGCGUGUUUUUAAGUUAUUGAUUUUGUUUUAUAUCAAAAUAAUUUAUUUUUCAGGUACCACUUUUUUCAUUUUAACUUUGUUUUUAACAUGGGUUUACUUUAAAUAAAGUAUGACGCUGCUA